AGAGAGAGAGGGAGAGAGAGAGAGAGAGAGGGAGGGAGAGAGAGAGAGAGAGAAAGGGAGACAGACAGAGGAGGAUUGUGAGGCCGUGGAGCUGAGUAUUUACACCGAGAAACACGAGCUGUGAGUCGGACCCAGCUCCGGCGGGAUAUGGGCUCUCCAGGGCAGAUCCCGGGACAAGACAUGGAGCUCUAAGCUAGCCCUCUCCAUCCUCUCUCCAUUUGUUGCCUUGCUCGCCAAACCCCCACGUCUUCUACCCCUGCUAUAGCGGUUUGGCUCAGACUCCUCUGAGAGAAGAAGACAGAGGGGGGAAAGAAAGAAAAGUGGGAGGGAGUAGUAAACUUUCCCCAGCUGCUGUCCAGACACACACAUGCUGCAUUGCUGCCAUUCCCCAAGCCCUGCUCCAUCCAUCCCUAGGGCACGGCCACUAGCUUUCUAGCACAAAAGGCAAGGCCUGUCCUCGGGGAUAAAAAUACAAACUGUGUAUACACUCUUCCUCCCUUUUGCUUAGCUGUCAUUCCCGAGUCAGAGGAGGUUUGUUUUUUUAUCCGAGGUCGGGAUGACGGAGCCCAGCAUGGAGAACUGCCUGGCCCAGGUCCUGCAGAAGGACAUGGGUCGACGGCUGCAGGUGGGGCAGGAGAUCAUUGAUUACAUUUUGGACAAGGAGAAGUCCCACGACCUGGAGCAGGAUCAGACGGCGCUGGACAAGAUGAUCGACGGCAUCGCCAGCUCCUGGGUCAACUCCAGCAACUUCAAGGUGGCUCUGCUGGGCUUGGACCUCCUAUCUGCCUUAGUGACAAGAUUACAGGAGCGAUUUAGGGCCCAUGUGGGAACAGUUCUGCCGAGCCUUAUCGAUCGAUUGGGAGACUCAAAAGACCAAGUGCGAGACCAAGACCAAACAGUGCUGCUAAAGAUCAUGGAACAAGCCGCCACCCCGCAGUAUGUGUGGGACCGAAUGCUGGGUGGAUUCAAGCAUAAGAACAACAGGACCAGAGAAGGAGUGUGCCUUUGUCUCAUCGCCACGCUGAACACAUACGGAGCUCAAGGUCUCACCCUCAGUAAAAUUGUUCCCCACAUAUGUAACCUCCUGGGGGACCCCACGAGUCAGGUACGUGACAGUGCUAUGAGCUGCUUGGUGGAGAUCUACAGACACGUGGGUGAGAGGGUGAGGAUGGAUCUCAGCAAAAAGGGCCUUCCACAGUCACGGUUGAAUGUAAUCUUCAGUAAAUUUGAUGAAGUCCAAAGAUCCGGGAACAUGAUCUCAUCCUCUGGCUCCGAUAAGAACUUUGAGGAUGAAGACUCUGUGGACGGAGGCCGGUCCUCCUCCUCUUCAUCAUCCAAAGCGCCCCCCGGUGGCAGGAGGACCGUAGUGAGCUCUGUGAGGAGACCCAGCUCAGCCACCACAGCUAAGGCCACAGGUAAAGAUGCAGGCGCCGGUGCUGUUGAUGAAGAGGAUUUCAUUAAAGCCUUUGAAGACGUGCCCUCGGUGCAGAUCUACUCCAACAGAGAGUUUGAGGACCAGCUGGCCAAGAUCAGAGAGGUGUUGUCUGAUGACAAACAUGACUGGGAGCACCGAGUGGUGGCGCUGAAGAAGGUCCGUUCUGUCAUGCUGGCCGGGGCAGCUGAGUACGAGGGUUUUCCUCAGCAGCUGCGGCUCCUGGAGGCUCCCUUAAAGCUGUCGGCUAAAGACCUGCGCUCACAGGUGGUCCGCGAGGCCUGCAUCACGCUGGGACAUUUGUCAUCAUUGCUGGGGAACAAGUUUGACCACGGAGCGGAGAGCAUCAUGCCCACUCUGCUGAACCUCGUGCCCAACAGUGCCAAAGUCAUGGCCACGUCCGGAAUGGCCGCCAUCCGCCUCAUCCUCAGGCACACACACUACCCACGUCUCAUCCCCAUCAUCACCAGUAACUGCACCUCCAAAUCAGUAGCAGUCAGACGGCGCUGUUAUGAGUUCCUAGACCUCAUGUUACAAGAGUGGCACACCAAUACACUGGAAAGACAUGUGGCUGUUCUGACUGAGACCAUCAAGAAAGGCAUACACGAUGCAGACUCUGAGGCCAGAUCCAUCGCAAGAAAGUGCUAUUGGGGUUUCCACGGUCACUGCAGCCGGGAGGCCGAGCACCUGUUCCAGGCGCUGGAGUCCACCUAUCAGAAGGCCCUCCAGUCUCACCUGAAGAGCUCUGACAGCAUCGUGUCUCUACCGCAGUCCGACCGCUCCUCCUCGUCUUCCCAGGAGAGCCUUAACCGGCCAUUGUCUGUGAAGAGCGUCAUUGGAGGGAGCAUAACGAGGAGUAAGCUGGUGAGCAGCAGGGUGCACACCACACCGGGUUCCCUGCAGCGCUCCCGCAGCGACAUCGACGUCAAUGCCGCUUCCAGUGCCAAGUCACGCCUGUCCACCGUUCCCGCCUCCUCACCCUUCAGCUCUGCGGCUGCCCUUCCCCCGGGGUCCUACGCCUCAUUAGAUGGCACUCCCGGUAAAAGCGAUGGUCGCGUUCGCACCAGGAGACAAAGCUCGGGCAGCGUGGGCGGGGCCAGUACAUCAGUGGUGGACAGUAGGGGCCGCAGCCGUGCCAAAGUUGUCUCCCAGUCCCAGCGAUCCAGAUCAGCCAAUCCCAUCAGUGCCGGCAGUCGCUCCAGCUCCCCAGGCAAGCUGCUCGGCCACAGCAGCUACGGCCGGAUCCCUCGAGCCACGGUGUCGGCCGCCACCACGCCAGCAGACAAGCGCAGCAGGAUCCCUCGCAGCCAGGGCUGCAGCCGCGAGACCAGCCCCAGCCGACUGGGCAUCGCCCGGAGCCGCAUUCCCCGGCCCAGCAUGAGUCAGGGUUGCAGUCGCGACACCAGUCGCGAGAGCAGCCGCGACACCAGCCCCGCUCGGGGCUUCACUCCUCUGGCCUCCCGACGUCACUCCCGUUCAACCAGCGCUCUCUCCACAGCCGACCCCCACAGCCAGUCAGACCGAUAUAAUUUGAUUCACCAAGCAAGAAUCUCUGCGUCAGUCAACGCCAUGAGGGUGCUUAACACCGGCACAGAGGUGGAGGCAGCAGUUGCUGAUGCUCUGCUAUUAGGAGACUCCAGGAAUAAGAGGAAGCCGUUGAGGCGGCGGUACGAAUCUCCGGGGAUGUACUCCGACGACGACGCCAACAGCGACGCGUCCAGCGCCUGCUCAGAGCGCUCGUACGGCUCGAGGAACGGAGGCAUCCCCCACUACCUGCGCCAGACGGAGGAUGUGGCAGAGAUCCUGAACCACUGCGCGAGCUCCAACUGGUCGGAGAGGAAGGAGGGCCUGCUGGGCCUGCAGAAUCUCCUCAAGAGCCAAAGAAUACUGAGCCGAGUGGAGCUGAAGAGACUUUGUGAGAUAUUCACAAGGAUGUUUGCAGACCCACAUAGCAAGAGAGUGUUCAGCAUGUUCCUGGAGACUCUGGUGGACUUCGUCUUGGUGCACAGGGAGGACCUGCAGGACUGGCUUUUUGUCCUGCUCACUCAGCUGCUGAAGAAGAUGGGUGCCGAUCUGCUGGGCUCAGUCCAGGCCAAAGUCCAGAAGGCCCUGGAUAUCACAAGGGAGUCCUUCCCGUUUGACCAACAGUUCAACAUCCUGAUGAGGUUUAUCGUGGAUCAGACUCAGACACCUAACCUCAAGGUCAAGGUGGCCAUUUUGAAGUACAUCGAGUCUCUGGCUCGGCAGAUGGACCCGACGGACUUUGUCAACUCCAGCGAGACCCGCCUGGCCGUCUCCCGCAUCAUCACCUGGACCACUGAACCCAAAAGUUCUGACGUCAGGAAGGCGGCCCAGGUGGUGCUGAUCUCUUUGUUCGAGCUCAACACGCCAGAGUUCACCAUGCUGCUCGGAGCUCUGCCCAAAACCUUCCAGGACGGAGCCACCAAGCUGCUGCACAACCACCUGAAGAACUCCAGCAACAGCAGCAGUGUGGGUUCUCCGAGCAACACCAUUGGUCGGACGCCGCAACGCCACACCCCCAGCAGAACCAGCCCCCUCACAUCUCCAACAAACUGUUCCCACGGAGGACUUUCACCAAGUCGGUUAUGGGGUUGGGGUGUCGACGGACUGUCAAAGCACCCCCCUGCCCCUCCUCCUCCUCCUCCGCCCCACUCCACCCCUGCUGCCCCCUCCCUAAGGGUCCUUCGCAGAGCAUAUUCACCCAGCAUGAUGGAGUACGACACCGAGAACAUGAACUCGGAGGAGAUCUACAGCUCGCUGCGCGGCGUCACCGAGGCCAUCCAGAGCUUCAGCUACCGGAGCCAGGAGGACCUGAAUGAGCCGAUCAGACAGGAGGGCAAGAGGGACGACGCAGCAGGACGAGAAGGCGUAGCGUCCUCUCCUGGCUCCGACGCCCGUCUGGGCUUAGACAUGGUGGAAGGGGGUCGCACCGCCUUGGACAACAAGACGUCGCUACUCAACACGCCGUCGCCCCGCUCGUUCUCUGGGCCUCGGGGCCGCGAGUUCGCCCCCUACGGCUACGGAGAAACCAUCUGCACAUACGACAAGAGCGCCCUGAAGGAGGCUGUGUUUGACGAUGACGUGGAGCAGUUCCGCGACUGCCGACGUCAGGAAAGCGGUGAAAACAAGAUGACGCUGCCCAAGGUCUUUGCUCCUGUCGGCCAGGAUCACUCAGACCUGGUCGCCGACCUGCUUAAGGAGUUGUCCAAUCACAACGAGCGCUCUGAGGAGCGUAAGGGCGCCCUGGUGGACCUACUGAAGAUCACACGAGAAGACAGCCUGGCUGUUUGGGACGAACACUUCAAAACCAUCCUCCUCCUCCUGCUGGAGACUCUGGGGGAUAAAGAUCACACCAUCCGAGCGCUGGCCCUGCGUGUGCUGAAGGAAAUUCUGAGGAACCAGCCGGCCCGCUUCAAAAACUAUGCUGAGCUAACCAUCAUGAAGACCCUGGAGGCUCACAAAGACUCUCACAAGGAGGUGGUGCGUGCGGCCGAGGAGGCGGCGUCCACCCUGGCGGGCUCCAUCCACCCCGAGCAGUGCAUCAAGGUGCUGUGCCCCAUCGUGCAGACGGCCGACUACCCCAUCAACCUGGCUGCCAUCAAGAUGCAAACCAAAGUCAUUGAACGCAUCGCCAAGGACUCUUUACUGCAGCUGCUGCCGGACAUCAUCCCCGGGCUCCUGCAGGGCUAUGACAACACAGAGAGCAGCGUUCGCAAGGCCAGCGUGUUCUGUCUGGUGGCUAUCUACUCCGUGAUUGGCGAGGAUCUCAAACCCCACCUGGCACAGCUCACGGGCAGCAAGAUGAAGUUACUGAACCUGUACAUCAAACGCGCCCAGACGACCAACAGCAAUAGCAGCAGCUCCUCGGACGUCUCCUCUCACAGCUAAUGGAGGGAGCUUUCAUCCGGAAACCCCAAUGCGGGUGGUGGACGGCGGCGGAGGAUUUCUAAGCCAUCCCCCCCACGACGCUUCUUUCAGACUCGUCCGUCUCUGAGCUUCCCCCCUCCCUCCUCAUCGUAACUCCACUGCCCCUCUCACCCAGUUUGGAGGAGAUCCUUUCAGUUUAUCCUUCAGUUCCUCCUCCCCACCUUUUGCUCAUGAAACUUUUGAAUGUAACUUGCGGAUUGGUUUUCGACUGGUGGGGAGGGAAUCGACACAUUUUUGGAUAUAGGAAAUGCACUUUCUCCUCCUCCUCCUCCUCCUCCUCAGUUCCACCGCGCCUUUUAUCAAUGGAAGCCUGAUUUCCCUUCAGCCCUCAGAUUUGAUAGGAUAAGGAGUGAUGCCGUGAAAUAUUCGACUGCGGUUUUUGGGAUGAAAUGUCAUUUGGCUGGCCCAGUGAUGGUAAAAGCCCAUUGGUUUUUGGGAUGAAUUCUGGUUUGGGGAACAUAAAAACCAAAUAUUAUAAAGAAAGAAAGAAAGAAAUACGUAAGGGAACAAUGUGACAAAAAAAAAAAGUACUGUAAUUUUUAGUUAAUGUUUUAUUGAUCAUGGCUCAUUGAAGCCAUCGAUUGUAUUUUUUUUUAAUGCUAAUUAAGAGUUGCUAAAUCGAUUGAAGUCCCCCCUUUCACAAAAACAUAACAAGUUGCCAAAAGAUAAACUUUUCAGCUACAUAAUUGACAAUCCUUCAAAUUUUGUGCAGCUCUAAAGCGACAGAAGAUGAAAUCGCUGUUUAAAGCUGCACAAUUAAAGUUGUCUGAAUUCGUAUUUGUAAAUUCACAAUCAGCAGACGCUUGAAGCUUUCACACUUUCUUCUUUCCAACAAAAGGCCCGCCUACCACUCGCCAGUUUGUGGCGUCUCGCCUGUAAGUCUCUGAGGCUGCUGCUCAGUUGAGUGACUCUGUUUGAAGAGGACGUCCUUUGUAAAUACCGCAGACGUUUCCCCCCCCCACACACACACACACACACACGCCGCCACGCUUGGAGUCGAUGAAGACAUUACCGGGCCUUAUUCUUUGACACACUUUAACGUCUGUCGACUGCGGAGAGUGAGUGGGAUGUACAGCACUGUAACUCUUGGCUCUCAAAAGAAAAUGUGAAUCUGCUGCAGGAAAACGGGACGGCAGCGUUUCUCGACCUGCAACGACGCAAAUACAGUAUUAGUCGUUUCCUCUGAUCUCCCCCACGUAACCACAGCUUCUGCAAUAACCCUCAAUACACAAAUAAAGGUAUUUUGUACAUACACUUUUGGACCGCCGCUUCCGCAAGAAUUUUACAUCUAUGGAGGGAAAAAAAAGAAGAAAAAGAAAAGUGAACAGGUUUACUAUCUCACUCUUUUGCACGUUAGCAAAAUAGCUCGCAUGUAACCUGCAGCACGUUGUCAACUCGUGUGCUGUUGUUUCUGAAGGGCCCAGGUUUUUUGGCUGUUAAAGUGCACUUGUAACAUCUUCAGACUACUUCAUCUCUGAUUUAAUGUGUUCAGUGGAGGAGCUCCUACGGGGGGGAGGGGAGGUCCAAAAUGGAGCAACUGUGACCAAAACCAUGCGUUUGGUAUAUUUAAGUAUGCAGGCAGGGUAUGUGUUUGGUUCUUUUUUAUUUCAGUGUUAAGUUUGAGGUAUCAAGAAGCUUUAAAAUGUCUCUUCAAGUUUACCCCUCAGACAUACGAGUUGAAUUUUAUUGCUGGUAUUCGAUUUGGCUCAUCAUGGUACAGUUAAUCUACUUUAUUCUAUCUAUAUUUUGCUAACUUCUAGCAAAUUAAAUCAUAAUUAUAAUAAUAAUAUAAGUAUUCCUGAUUUAUUUAAGUGGUGUUUUCAUUUAGGGAAUCCACUAAGAAUGGGCCAAUUGUGGUUAUUUAAGUAAAUGAAUGUACAGUCUUUCCAUGUGUUAUAAUAAGCUUUUUAAGUAUUGGUACUGACGAUGAUUUCAGCGAGCCCUGUACACGCUGUAUUAUGCCUGUCUGCACUCUCUCUCCUGACUUCCUUCAACACUUUUUCAGACCAUUAAUCAGCCUAGUUUGGGGUUUUAGAUUCUCCACAUACAGCAUUAAAGAGGGGGGGGGGGUUCACCUGUCCACAAACCGCCGGUCGCUAGCAUCUGUUCUCACAUUACUGGUCCUGGAAACAAACACAAUGGUAUUCCUCGCAAAAAAAACCUUCACUAUGCAUGUUCUACAGUACACUGUCUUUCUUUUGUCUCAGUCGGUCAUGUAAUAUUCAUACCUGUAUUUAUAUAUUUUAUUUUAUUUGGUCUUAUUUUAUUUUGUUCUCUCAUGAUAAAACUGUACAGACGGAUUUGUUUUUUUUUUUGUUAACUUCCACCUGUGAUAGAUUUGCAACAAUGUAAAGAAAUUGUUUGCUCUAGAAAUAAACAGAAUAAGAAUUGA